UAGCAUUUGGCCUUCAAUCAAUCAUCUCUCUAGUCUCUCUCUCUCAGCACAAAAAAAAAAAGGGGAGAAAAAUGGAAACAAUUUCUAAUCCAUUUAAUGGAACCCUAUCAAGGAGGCAGCAGUUUAGGAGAAGAGUAUACAACCGCUUAACGAACAGGAAAAAUAAUGUGAAAACCAUGCGGUUUGGUGGCGGUGCCACCCGUUCAUGGAGGUUCAGAUUAAACCCAAAGCUUGGCCUGAAAAUUGCUUCGCCAUUGAAAUUAUGGUUCAAGCUGAAGAACGCCUACAUGAACAUGAUGCUAAAGUUGGCUACAAGCACAGGAACAUCAAAAAGUGGAAAUAUGUUUGGUGCAAAGAGAAUUCCAAAGGUACGCCUGGUUCCCACGGAUUAUUCAAGAACUGAGUUCGACAACAGAUUGAUCCAUGAGAUAUACAAGUCCAUGGUAGCUUCAUCGGAAUUGUCUUCCACCAGAUAGAACAGAACAAAAAGUAGUUUUGUUAUUUGCUUAUUUAUAUUUUUUACGUUUACUUCACUGCUCGAAAAUUCUGUAAUGUCAACCAGAAAAAGGAUGGGAUCGGGGAUGGAUUAGACGGAGAUAUUUUAAUUUACUUUUUGUAAAAUUGAAGUUUGAUCAGUUAAGAUUUUAUUGUCUGUAUAAGAAGACAAGUCUAUACUUUUUAUUUAUCUUUUAUCUAAAUUGAAUUAAUUUAAAAUUUGCUUAGAGCUGC